AUGCCCAGCAACUACCAGAACUUCCUGGCCCUCACUUUUGCCACAGAAGAAAUCAACAAGAAUCCUCAUCUUUUACCCAACAUUUCUUUGGGCUAUGAGUUCCAUAAUUUCAUUUACAGUCAUUGGAGGAUACUAGAAAAUUCCUUCAUUUUGCUCACAGGACAACACGUGAUCCCUAAUUACAUGUGUGGGAGAGAAACAAAGUGUGUAGCACUACUGACAGAAAUGCCAUGGGGUGCUUCAGCUCAGAUUGGACCACUGCUGGAACUCUACAAAUUUCCACAGGUUACCUUUGGCUCAUUUGACUCUACUCUGAUGGACAGUGGCAAGUAUCCUUCACUCCACCAGGUGGCCCCAAAGGACAGUUACUUGGCCCAUGCCAUGGUUUCCUUGAUGGUUCAUUUCCACUGGACCUGGGUGGGUCUGCUUAUCACAGAAGGCCAUAAAGGUCUUCAGUUUCUCUCAGAUAUAAGAGCUGAGAUGGACACAAACAAAGUCUGUGUAGCCUUUGUGAGAAUGGUGUCAACGGUGGCUGUAUCAUAUAUGUCAGCCACACAGACACAUGAUAUCCUGACUGCAGACACAUCAUCAGUCAAUGUGGUAGUUAUUUAUUAUGAUACUAAUAGUCGACAUGAUGUCAACUACAAUAUAGUGCAUCACUUAGUGACAUGGAAAGUUUGGGUGACAAAUUCACAAUGGCAUGCUGACCUGUCAGGGAGAAAUUUUAUACUGGACCCAUUCCAUGGGAUUCUUGUUUUUUCACAUCAUCACAAACAUAUUUCAGGUUUCAAAGAUUUUGUUCAUGAAGCUACCCCUUUCAAAUACCCAGAAGACACUUACCUUGUUAUGUAUUGGUCCAACAAUUUCCAUUGCUCAUUCUCUGAAUCUGACUGUGCCCUGAAAAACUGUACUCCUAAUGCUUCUGUGGCUUGGUUGCCUCGAAAUCGUUUUGACACAACAAUGAGUGAUGGAAGCUACAAUAUAUAUAAUGCUGUGUAUGCUGUGGCUCAUGCCCUCCAUGCGAUGCUUUUUGAAGAAGUACAAAGGCCCACAAUGAGAAAUAGAAAAGUCAUGAAGUUUGCCCCCUGGCAGUACCCCCACUCAGUAUGCAGUGAAAGUUGCAAUCCUGGAUUUAGAAAAAGCUCACUGGAGGGAAAGCCUGCCUGUUGCUUUGAUUGCACCCCUUGUGCAGACAAUGAGAUUACCAAUGACACGGAUAUGGAACAGUGUGUAAUGUGUCGAGACCAUCAGUAUGCCAACACUCAGCAAAAUCUCUGUCUUGAAAAAGCUUUGACCUUCCUGGCUUAUGAUGAUCCUUUAGGGAAAGCUCUGGCUGGCACUGCCAUGAGUUUCACUAUUCUUACAGUUGCUGUUCUUGGGCUCUUUGUGAAGCACAGAGACACUCUCAUCGUCAAGGCCAACAAUAGGGCUCUCAGCUACAACCUGCUCAUCUCUCUCACCUUCUGUUUCCUCUGUUCCUUGCUGUUCAUCGGUUGUCCAAGUCCAGCCACCUGCAUCCUGCAGCAGACCACAUUUGGAGUUGUAUUUACUGUGGCUGUUUCCACUGUCUUGGCCAAAACUAUUACUGUGGUGCUGGCUUUCAAGAUUACUGCUCCAGGCAAGAGGAUGAGGCAGUUGCUGGUAUCAGGGGUACCAAACUCCAUCAUCCCCAUGUGCACCCUGAUCCAACUCACUCUCUGUGGCAUCUGGAUGGGGACAAAUCCACCCUACAUAGACACAGAUGCACACUCUGAACAUGGCCACAUCAUCAUCAUGUGCAACAAGGGCUCCCUCACUGCCUUCUACUGUGUCCUGGGAUACCUGGGUUCCCUCGCCCUGGUGAGCUUCACUGUGGCUUUCCUGGCCAGGAACUUGCCUGACGCAUUCAAUGAAGCCAAGUUCCUGACAUUCAGCAUGCUGGUGUUCUGCAGCGUGUGGGUCACCUUCCUGCCCGUGUACCACAGCAGCAAGGGGAAGGCCAUGUUGGCCAUGGAGGUCUUCUCCAUCUUGGCCUCCAGUGCAGGGCUGCUGGGCUGCAUCUUUCUCCCCAAGUGCUACAUUAUUUUCUUAAAGCCAGAGAGAAUUUCUCUGACUGGGAUCAGACACAAAAGACAUUCUGAUGGAAAGAAACCUUUUUCUAUAUGA